GGGUAGAGGGGGGUAGAAAUGGAGAAGGGUAGAUGAGAGAUCCUCUUCCGAGACUUCAAAACCGCGUUUGAAGUUGCUCAGAUUUGCGAACAAAUUUCAUUACUUCCCAUUGAUUCACAACAGUCUUUCAAGUUGCUGAGAUUUUUGAAGCUAGGAAAUUCAAGAAUGGCUGAUUCGAAUUUCCAAUCCUACACCCAGCUUUUCUUCAUUUGGUUACUCACCACCAUCCUAGUUCGGACAAUACUGAAGAUGAAAAAGAAUGCUCGUCGUCCUCCCAGCCCAAUGGCCCUCCCUGUCAUCGGACACCUUCACCUUCUUUCCCCUCUUCCUCACCAAGACUUGCACAAACUCGCCCAUCGCUAUGGUCCUGUCAUGCACCUUUACCUCGGCUCUGAACCUUGUGUGAUCGUUUCCACUGCUGACGCUGCCAAAGAAUUCCUUAAAACUCACGAACUUACCUUCUCCAAUCGACCAGCUGAAACUGCUGCUGUCAAGCACUUGUCCUACGAAUUCAAAGAUUUCUUGUUUGCCCCCUAUGGACCCUACUGGAAGUUCAUGAAGAAGCUGUGCAUGUCUGAACUUCUCGGCGGGAGAAUGCUUGAUCAAUUCCGUUUGGUGAGGGAGCAGGAGAUGAAGAGAUUUCUGACAAACUUGGUUCAAAAAGGGAAGUUCGGUGGUGAGGCGGUGAAUCUUGAGGCGGAGCUCUUGGUUCUUUCAAAUAACAUUAUAUGCAGAAUGGCUCUAAGUCGAACGAGUUCUGAAAGCGAAGACGAUGCUGACGUGAUGAGGAAGUUGGUGAUCGGUGCGGCUGAGCUCACUGGACAGUUUAACAUAUCAGACUUCAUUCCGUUCUUCAGGAUAUUGGAUUUGACGGGAUUCAACAAGAAGUUGCGGGAAGCUCAACGGAAGUUUGAUACCUUCUUGGAGAGAAUAAUAGAAGAGCAUCAAGUAGAAAGGAGAAAAAGAAAAGAGAUGGGUGCCAGAGGAGAUCACGUCCGGGACAUACUGGACGCUUUGUUAGACAUACAUGAAGACGAGAACGCCGAGAUGAAAUUGACAAGAGAAAAUAUCAAGGCCUUUAUCAUCGACAUAUUUGUGGCUGGGACAGACACAUCAGCCUUAACCAUGGAAUGGGCUCUCGCAGAGUUAAUCAGCCAUCCGCAUGUACUGGAGAAAGCACGGCAAGAAAUUGACUCGGUGGUGGGAAAGAACAGAAUAGUAGGAGAGUCAGAUAUACCAAAACUUCCGUACCUUCAAGCUAUAGUAAAAGAAGCAAUGAGGCUUCACCCUGCAGGUGCACUGAUCUUCAGGGAAUCAUCAGAAGGCUGUGUAGCUAGCGGAUACGAAAUCCCAGCGAAGACCCGCUUAUUUGUAAACGCGUGGGGUAUUGCUAGGGACCCUAAUUACUGGAAGGACCCACUAGAGUUUAAGCCGGAGAGAUUUAUGACCGAAGAUGGAAAUGCAGAGAGUCAAAUGAGCGUUAGGGGUCAGCAUUUUGAGUUCCUUCCUUUUGGAAGUGGAAGAAGAGGAUGUCCUGGAACCUCGCUAGCCCUUCAGGUUGUGCAAACCAAUCUUGCUGCCAUGAUUCAAUUGUUCGAAUGGAAGAUGGAUGGUCCGGUUAGCAUGGAGGAAAAGCCUGGGAUUACCAUUUCAAGGGCUCAUCCCUUGAUUUGUGUCCCUGUGCCCAGGCUUCACCCAUUUCCUUCUAUAUCUUUGUGAUUCACGGUUCUUCUCCCAAGCACCAUCGAUGAAAAUGUGUUGUACCGAUUUUCUUUCUUCUAGAAUAUAAUAAAAAGAUAAGAUAUUUACGGUUAUCUUGUGUGUUGGCUUUGGUUUUUUUUCUUUUUUUGUAAACCUGAAUGAGAUAUAUUAUCGUAUCUCUUAUGUGUAAUAUAGUCUCGCCAGUGUCAGUGUACGUUUUUAUAAUAAAUGAAGGUUUGUUUUUAAUUUG